AUGAUGUCGCUCAAUGUUAUUCUCACCAUAGGGAGCCUCAAUAUCCAUUACAGGGGUCACUAUGGCAACAGAAUGUCACACAUGACAAGGAAUGUAAUGCUUGGAGUAUUUGGACGGUUAGUUUGCAAGACAUUACCAAAAUCAAAAGAAGAAGAAAAUGAUGAGGUUCUAACAAAUAGAGAAAUAAAUAUGGAGAAUGAACAAAAAAUUGUAAAUGUCAGAAUGCAUAGUUACCAUGGUAACCAACACCUUAAUCCUCUAAAUCUGGACAAGGUUGUUGGGGAAAUCUUUGGUGGCUACCAAUAUCUAUAAACUGUUAAUUGUUGCUAACCAAGAUAAGAUUGAAAAACUAAGACACCAAGAACAACAAAAUAAAAUCAAAGAGAAAUGGAUGAUGGUUGCUAUGGUAACUGAUCGUUUUUUUGCAUUGUUUUUCUUUUUUGUUUCCACUGGAAUAUUUGUUUCUGUAUUUAUCCAAAUAAUUUAAGUUUAAAAAUCAACUACUCAUAUUAU